AUGUCGAUAACCACUACGGAGACUCGCACCUCAAUCUCUGUUUUAGCGGACUAUGAGAUACACCACAGCGGAGCCGCAGAAGAUGUUCCAGGACCAUCGGCUACGCUGUUGACUCCAUCUUUCGUGGAGCCCGCCUCCUGGCCAACCCACCACCGCAGAAUUCCUCCCUACCGACCCGUGAACUACAAUCUCGAUUUCGAUGAGAGGCCAAUCGGAUCCAGCCCAGGAGAAAGCGUAUUCAUCUUCGUGAUGAUGCAUGGAGUUUGGCUGAAUGCGUCUGUAGCUAAACUAUGGAGAAAAACCGGAGGCAAACUGAAUGAAGGGAUGUUCCAAUACAAAGUCGGUGGGGAAUGGUGA